CUUUCCAUGAGAGUAGUAGAACAACAGUCACUCUGGAGUCCAACAGAGAGGAAAUGUCUCUCUCUCUUACAAAGACCAAACACUAGAAGCUCUAUCCUUCAAAUCCAUGGUUUCAUGCUUAUAAAUUCCUUAGAUUCUAAUGUAAAUCUCUUAACGAAAUUCAUCAAUGCUUGUUGUUCAAUCACCACUGCUGGCAAAUCUUCCUACCGAAAUGCCACAAUUCUACAUGCUCGCCGUGUUUUCGAUCUCCGGAUUCAUAAACAUGACACAUUCUUAUGUAAUUCAAUGAUCAAAGGGUAUAAUGACAAUGACCAAUUUAAAGAGUCUAUUACUCUCUAUAAACAUCUUAGAAAUGAAACUCUCUUCGUUCCUGAUAGUUAUACUUUUCCAUUUUUGUUCAAGUCUUGUGGAUGUUAUUUAGCCGUUAAAGAGGCUAAUCAGCUCCAUGAUCAAGUUGUUAAAAUGGGUUUGUGUUCUGAUUUAUUUGUAUCAACCGCAUUGGUUGAUAUGCAUGUGAGGUUAGGAAAUUUAGUGUUCGCUGAACAAUUGUUUGAUGAAAUGCCUCAAAGAAAUCAAGUUUGUUGGACAACUUUGUUUAUUGGGUUUGCAAAAUCAGGCGAUACUAAUAAAUCAAAGGAAUUGUUUGAUUUAAUGCCCGAAAAAGAUUCAGCAGCUUAUAAUGCGAUGAUAGAUGCGUAUGUCAAAUCGGGGGAUCUGAGUGCGGCUAAGGAUUUGUUUGGUAAAAUGCCUGAAAGAAACGUUGUUUCAUGGACUACUUUGAUAUCUGGGUGUUGUAGAAAUGGUGAUCUUGUUACAGCUAGAUCACUAUUCGAUGAAAUGCCUGAAAAGAAUCUUGUUUCGUGGAAUGCAAUGAUCAGUGGCUAUUGCCAGAAUAAGCAACCAAAUAAAGCGUUAGAUUUGUUUAGAGAUAUGCAAUCAGAUUCACCUCUUGAACCAGAUGAAGUUACAAUUGUGAGCAUUCUACCAGCCAUUGCUGAUUUUGGUGCUAUAGAUUUUGGAAGUUGGGUUCAUGAGUUUGUUCGAAGGAAAAAACUUGACCGGUCAAGCAAUGUAUGCACUGCAUUAGUGGAUAUGUAUUCGAAAUGUGGUGAAAUUCUGAAAGCAAAACAAUUUUUCGAUGGCAUGUCAAAUAAAGCAACUACCUCUUGGAAUGCCAUGAUCAAUGGGUUUGCUAUUAAUGGGUUUGCUAAGGAAGCAUUGGAGGUGCUUAAUGAGAUGCAAAGUGAAGGCUUUAAACCGAAUUCAGUCACAUUUGUCGCAGUGUUAUCUGCCUGUAAUCAUGGAGGUCUUGUUGAUGAAGGCAGAAAAUGGUUUGCGGCAAUGGAACAGUUUGGGGUCACGCCAAGAAUUGAGCAUUAUGGGUGUAUGAUAGAUAUAUUAGGAAGAUCUGGGUUUUUAGAUGAAGCGGAAAAACUGAUUGAAGGGAUUGGUACAGAAGUUAAUGGAAUAAUUUUGAGUUCAUUUAUGUUCGCGUGUAGUUGCCAUGGUGAUGUUUUUAAAGCCGAAAAGGUAAUGAAGAAGGCAUUUGAAUUGGAACCUCUGAAUGACGGGAAUUAUGUGAUGAUGAGAAACUUGUAUGCUGGAGAGAGAAGAUGGAGAGAUGUGGAGGACAUGAAGGUAUUAAUGAGGAAAAACAAAGCCAAGAAAGAGGCUGGUUGUAGUGUUGUUGAAAUUAACAACAGGGUUUGGGAGUUUGCCUCAGGGGAUAGAAUGCAUUCACAGUGGGAACUGGUACACAGGGUUCUAGGACAAUUAGGAAUGCACAUGUAGGGGAAACAGCAUAUUUAGGUUAAAUCCUAAUCGAAGAAAUAUGAACUGUUACCACUUUUACCUCUUCUUUAUAUAUCCGUUUUCUGACUUAUGAGCUGCUUUUUCUUAUGAUUAUCUCAUCAUAAUUGCUAAUGAGUAUGAAGGGAGAAAGCACAACAUUAAGCUAAAGGUAAACCAAAUAAAUUAGGUUUUACAGUGUUUUGUAUCUCUUUACGUGCUCAGUUCUGAAUCUACAUGGAAAUGCCUAAUUAGCUUAUAUUGUGAUCGUUUUAAAAGUGUACGGAAACAACCAAAACUCAGAGUUCGCUUUAGAUAGUUCAAAGAGUCAUGCGGUACGCUCAUGGAAUGCGUUCAGAAGAGAUGAAUGCGCUGUAAUCGGAAGAUCACAUGAAGGGAUUACACGAAUUUUGAACUGCUAUUGAAGCUUGGUCAAAAGUAAGAGGUAUUGUCUUUAUUGGUUCGAUAUUCAAGCCAUUUAGAGCAUAUGGUUUAAAGUAGUCAAUACAUCAGAUUUUGUCAAAGCCAGAUUCAAGAAUGUUAGCGAUUUAUACAACCAAAUAAAGGGCAAUAUUGUGGGUGAGACAGAGUUCUCAUAAUUAGAAGUUAGAACUGUUUGAAAGGCUUAGAUGUAAAUCAAAUUUACAGAUGCAGAACGAGUUUACAGUAGCGCAGGGGUUCCUUAAGCUUUGAUCAAAGGAAGAGGGGUUCCUUCAGUGAGCACGUUAACAGAUACGCUUUAUGGGCAAUUUGUUAAAAAAGAUGUCAAAGAAUUUGAUGACUUCCAUAUUGCUGUCCUUGAUAUCUUCAGCACGGUGAAUGCCGCAUUGCCUGGAAAGCAUUAC